UGGAGGCUCUGUUCGAAGGAGAGAACCUGCCCAAAGUCCUGAGCUGUGAGGUCGUCAACAACGACAACUGGUUCCUCACUUUUCAGUCAGAGGCUGACGCUCAGCAGGCCUACAGGUACCUGAGAGAGGAGGUCCGGGUGUUUAAGGGGAAGCCCAUCAUGGCCCGGAUCAAAGCUAAGACUAUGGCCAUCGCCUCCUUCGCCCCCAAGAACGGCUACAGGCCCGUCCAGUUGGACCAGUGCAGCAGCCGCUACAGCUCCUACUUCCCCCCCACCACGUUCAACCCGUCGUGCCUCCCUCAGCAGAUGUUUGACCAGAACAACGAGGCAUGGCCCGCCACCGCGGCCCAGUACCAGGAGAACGUGGAGCCUGAGCUGCUGAUGAACAACCUGAUGAACGAGUUUCCAGCAGCUUCUUCCUUCAAGCCGCACGCAGCUCACAGACAGAGGAGGGGCUCCAGGAUGCUGAGCUGUGGCGACCGCUGGCAGACCCACCACUCGGACCUCUACCAGCCGUCGGAGCAGCCGUCUGCAGACCAAUACUCCUCUCCCUCCCUGAGGGCCCGGCGGGGCCGGCUGAGGGGCGGCCUGCGCCGGCAGAGCCGGGGCGGAAGAACAGAAUCCAACAAACAGGUUCUGGUGCCCCCCUCUGACCGGGGAAGUUACAGCAGGAGGGGAACCUUCAGCCAGAAGAGGAGAGAGACCGAGAAAUCCUUGGAGAGACCCAAACUGAACGCUGAGCCUCCUCCUCCUCCUCUGGAGCUCAGCCUGUCCAGCUUCCCCCCCUGUCUACUGCAAAUGUUGCCACGGCGACGACACCUGCAGCUAACGACAGCGUCAAGAGUCCCACAAAAAGCAGCAGCUCAAACUCCUCGUCCUCAUCCUCCUCAUCAUCACUUCCUCCAGUGGAGCCUCAGCCGGCGUCUCUGCUGAAAGACGGGGACAGCGGAGAGACGACGGUGGAGGACAAACCAGUCCAGCUGCCACUGGAACCAGCAGCAGAGCUGAAGAAGCUGAGCUACGCUGAGAUCUGCCAGAAGGCUUCGUCCAACGAGGCGUCGGCGCCGCUGGCUGACCCCGCCCCCUCCGUGGAGUACCAGGCAUCCCAACAGCCUCUGCUGCCGCUGUGAGACAAAACCGGUCCGAUGGGAAUGUGUAGUUGUAUAGCUGGCUGUAUAUUUAUUAUAAAGAUUGAUCAGUAAGUAAAGUACCAGCCUUUACAAGCUCAGGAUUUUUAAUCUUAGAACUAUAAAAACUGCUGAUGCUGAAGAGAAAUUUUUAACACUUUCAUUUUUUGGCAGGGAACUGUUAAUAAUCUGUAAAUGUUUUUGUAAUUCUUUAGUUUUGUUUCUUGUCUUGUUGGGCUCAGAGGAAUGAGAGCCAGGCGUUAUUUUCAGGUUUAUUGUAUUUGGCCGUCGGCUCUGGACAGGAAGUUCUGUCAGGAUUCUGUUUUUUAUUCUGAAUUUUUAAGUCUGAAGUGGAUCCUUCCUGUGUUUACAAGCCCAACAAUUAAUAACCAGAUCUGUAAAGCCUUCCUGUAUGUUUGAAAGUACUGAAUACCAACUCUUUAUUGUUGCUCUGACUGUUUUAUUUAAUUUUAAACAUGGAUUCAGUUUUAUUUGUGUUAAACUGGCCUGUUUUAGUUGUUGACUUUAUUUAACUUGCUGAGUUUUGACCGCUGAGCGUCCAAGAACAAACUGAUUCAACUUGAAGAAAUGUUUUUUCUUUUGAUUGUAAAGAGACAAAUGUUGUUUUCUGAUGUGAAGUUUGAAUGUAAAGCUGGCACCACUGUGACAUAUGUUGCUGUGUACAAAUGUACAGAAUGCUGAACAGAAAUAUAUUAAAGAAGUGCCUUUACAAGGAA